UUGUUCAAAUGUUGGUUCAAUGUCAGUAUCUGAGAAACUGCCUACCUACCCCUUCACUGAUCCAACAUUAACCCUUAUCAGCUGAUGGUUUUUUGGGUUAGGGGAGGGGUGGGUGCACAGGUGCUGACGUUGAUCCCAAAUGUUUAUAGUGUACAUGUAUCUACAGAGUAUUUUUCACUUUUCAUCAUUUAUAACUUUUCAGUUUAGACAAUAAUAAGAGUCCUUCAAGGGAAGAAGUAAUUAUUUGUCUGCAUAUCUUGAAUCAUGCAUGCACUUGAUAAUUUAAUUUUUAGGGAGCGGAAAACUGUUUAGAUGGACUGAAAUUUGUUAUUAUAGGAGUCUUGGAAAGUAUUGAGAGAGAGGAAGCAGCUGAUUUGAUUCAAAGAUAUGGUGGAAAAGUUACCCAAUCAGUGAGCAAGAAAACAAGUUAUGUCGUUAUGGGAUGGGAUCCUGGAGGGCAUAAACUUUCUAAGGUACAUUGUAAUACACAGAUCAAAAAAGGAAAUAAAAAACAGAAACAUGAACACCAACAUAUAGGUUGCACCUUUUUCCCUAAAUUUUUGUAACAAAUCUGGGAUGCGGCUUACUGCAAAAAUACCAGGGAAACUUGCCACAAAUUUGCAUAUAUUAACUCAAUUCAUUGAUGAUUCAUAAGUCUGUGUAGCAAACUAACAAAAACUAAAAAAAAUUCCAGGAAAUUAAUUAUUUCUUUUGCACGUUUGUUGGCUUCUAAAAGAGCUGUUCUAGUUAAUAGGCAAAAGCUCAUAUUUCUUGCUGAGGAGGUUAUUAAACAUUGCGGAUCAAUAUCAGUAUCUGUGCAACUGCCCACCUACCCCUCCCCUAACUCAACAAUAGUCAAUUGAUAACAAUUAAGGGUUAAUGUUGGGUUAGGGGAGGGGUAGGUAGGUAGUUGCCCGGAUACUGAUAUUGAUCUAACAUUGCUUUGUUUAGAGACCCAUUAAAUGAUUUAAGGUUGUCUCUACUUCCUUGAACACCUAAACAUUACUGGAUAAGGAAAUUAUGGUUUCUUUGUUGUUGUUGCUCUUUUUUUUUUUUUUUUUUGGUUCUUAUUUGCUAGGCUAAGGCAAUGUGGAACAUCACAAAUAGAUGAAGAUGGUCUGUUUUAG